GGACGGGGAGGACAUCACGGAAAAAACGUAGCAGCAGCACCACAAACCCCACGCCGAGAUUUCGUCUCUCCGCUGCGCUAAAAGUGCGCGACGAAAGCGGCCCACGACUAUGCCCGGUGCGGCGUUAAAGUGCGGGACGACCACUUGACAGGCCUGGGCGAGGUCUGAGCCGUUGCCGGGAGGGGAAAUACAUUUCUUCGUAUGGGAGCAGCAUGCGGGAAAUGGUUGGAGGUUGCUGCGUGUGUUCAGACGAGCGAGGCUGGGCUGAGAACCCUCUGGUUUACUGUGAUGGACACGGCUGCAGCGUCGCCGUUCACCAAGCAUGUUAUGGCAUAGUCCAGGUUCCCACCGGUCCGUGGUUCUGUCGGAAGUGUGAAUCACAAGAAAGGGCGGCCCGCGUGAGGUGUGAGCUGUGUCCACACAAAGAUGGUGCCCUCAAGAGGACAGACAGUGGAGGCUGGGCCCACGUUGUGUGUGCGCUCUACAUCCCUGAGGUGCAGUUUGCCAACGUCCUCACCAUGGAGCCUAUCAUCCUGCAGUACGUCCCGCAUGAGAGAUACAUCAAGACUUGUUAUAUCUGUGAGGACCACGGGAGGGAGAGCAAGGCAGCCUGCGGAGCCUGCAUGACCUGCAACAGGCAGGGCUGCAGACAAGCUUUCCAUGUCACCUGCGCUCAGAUGGCAGGUCUGCUGUGUGAAGAGGAAGGGCCAGAAGCUGACAAUGUGAAAUACUGUGGAUACUGCAAGCACCACUAUAACAAAAUGCAGAAGAAGUUGCGCUCCAGUGAAAAUACAAGUAGCUCCUUCACUCAUCCCAGGGGGCGCUCAAGUUCUCCGUCACAAGACAAACAUCACCACCACAGACCGAGGAAGAGUCAUAAGGACAAGAUUCGGCAAAAAGAGCGCCACAAGAAGUCCUCAGACAGCCUGGGUUCCUCAGUGACGAGCAGUACUAUAGAAAAGAUAUCCUCCAGUCACCACAGCAGCAAGGACAGCGAGGGGAAGUCCAAGAAGCUGAGCUCACACAGUCAUGGUCAUCGCAGUAAGAAGACAGGAAGCACCGGCAAGAGUUGCUCCUCUUCCUCCUGUUCCUCCAGUCCAUUCAACACAGGUGGCUCGCUGUCUUCCACUCAGGAUUUCCAUCAGUUCUCAUCAUCCUCUCGCCUGGAGCGUGACCACGACCAAGGUGGCGAAGACCACAGUGGCGAGGAGCGUAAGGAGCGCCACAGGAGGCCGGCAGUCCAAGAGGAGGAGGAGGACGAUGAAAAGGAAGAGGGCAAAGAUGAGGAGGAGGAGGAGGAGGAGGAGGAGGAGGACAGUAAAUACCACAAGCCGCCAGCUUUGACUCCUGCUGACGGCCCACUGGCAGGGUCGCAGGGUCACGACAGGUCGGAGGGCAACUCGAGCCCUUUCGAGAACAAGGUCACUAUCUCCACCUUCGGAUCCAUCAUGCGCAUCACCUCUUCGUCGGGGCUCGGCAGCAGUAGCAAGAUCCGGAAGAUUUCCUCCUCUGCGGACUACAAGCCCUCCAAGUCUCUGUGUAAGCCGUCUCAACUGAGCACGCCGCCCAUCCUGGAGGAGGCGGCCCCGGAGGACAAGGCCACGCCUCCGCCGCUGCCCAGAGAACGGCGGCACCGCGGAAACAAGAAGAGCAGCCACGGCCCGGGGCGACCACGAGGCAGCAAGAACCGAGAGAGGAGGGAAGAGGAGCAUCACCACCACCAUCACCACACAGCGCCUCCUCCUCCAGCCUUAUCCUCCUCUCUCUACACGAGCCCAUCCUCCAUCCCACACCCCGCCUUCCCCUCCACGCUACCUCCCACCGCCAUCUCUUCUUCCUCCUCUUUCUCCUCCUCCUCUGCCGGCAGUUUUUCCACAAGCAGAGGCAAUUCUCUGCUCAGCUCUGGUAUCUACUCCAGUCUCAAGGAUCCUCUUACACUGGGUGGGGGUGUCUGCAGUACCCCUCUCUCCCUGGGUGGAGGGGUGUGCAGCACCUCCUUGUCCCUGGGAGGCGGCAUGUGUAGCACCCCUCUCUCCUCAGGACUCCUUACGUCCCACGUCUCCUCACUCUCUCUUCCGGCAGUCAACGCUGUCUCAAACACACAGGUCCAUCCAGGUUCCAGCACCUCUUAUAGCCUGACCUCUACUCAGCCGUUCUCCAGCUGUCUCUCCACAGCCCCGACACUGCCGCCACUACUGACCCAAGCCCAAACCUCACUGCCAGAGUCCGACCUCGAUGACUGUCGUUUCCCAUGUCAGGGGAACUCGCCGAGAGAGAGUCUUUCCUCACAGUCCCCUAUGAGCUGUCUUCCUCUUCUGUUUGACCAGAGAGACGGGCUGGGUGCAGGAGUCAGAGCCCGUCCUGAGAACGUCCCUCCAGCCAGCUCCCACAUCGAGCUCCUGCUGGAGAAACAUGGCAAUGGAGAGAUGGGAGUCAACAUUGUGGAGAUGCUCCAGUCGCUCCAUUCCCUGCAGCAGGAGAACCAGCGCCUCCAGGACCAGAUCCUCAGCCUGACGGCCAAGAAGGAGCGGCUGCAGCUGCUCAACACAGAACUGGCUGUGUCUUUCCCUCCACACAUUCAUUCCGCCCACGGCUCCAUGCACACCUCUGCCCAGAUCAACUUCCUGUCAUCCACCCAAGACCCCCUGAGCACCAAUAAGAGUCCCCUGUCCAAAAGCUGCUUCCUGAAUGACACUUCCUUUGUUACCUCGUCUGAGGAGCUUCACUCUGGUAGUCCGUCCCGCAGUAGCUCCUCCCUCUCCUUCCAGAGUACUCCUCCUCCUCAGCAGAGUCCCGCCUCCUUCGGCCAGCCCCUGCUGAACGGCCUGAGUAGAGGUCUGAGUGACGGUUUGGGGACCAUCAGUCAGGCUGGCAGCUCCUCUCUGCCCGUAGUGGGCGGGCUCAUGUCGUCCCUGGCAGGAAGUCCUCAGCUGAAUUUGAACGGUGUGCUUGGCAGUCUAAACGGCGUGAUCCAGUCUCCCGUGCAGAACGCCCCUCAGCCCACGCUUCCCGCUUUGCGUCCCCAGCCUCCACCACUCAACCCCCAGGCACUGGCACAGGGCUUUCAGCUUCCCAAGAGUGUGAGCCCGUCUGCUCUCCUGUCAGAGCAGCAGAAGCAGCUUCUUCUUGAGCAGCAGCAGCAACAGCAGCUCCAGCAGUUCCUCACCUCACAGAACUUCACUCCUGAGCAGCAGGUGAUGGUGUGCCAGAUGCUGCAGCAGCAGAGACAGAGGGAGCUGCAGCGCCUCACGCUGACAGGAGCACUCACCUCCACCCCAAACUCACCCCUGAUCGCCCAGUCACCCAACCUGCUGUCCUCGGCUACAGCCUCACCGCUGCAGGGCGGACAGGGAGGCAGCCUCUUUGGCCUGCAGGACAAUGCACUUCACAAGCCUGGGGCUGCAGGAGAGAAGGGCGGAGACAAGAAUGGGUGAUGUUUCUUGAUUUCACAGGAGCAGCUCAAAUGAAGAUAUGAGGCAUCACAGCCGCCUUGAAGAACUGAGGUCAACUUACACGACUUUUGAACGUCUUUCCUUCUCUGUCAUCUUUAUCUUACACCCUCUUUUAUGAAUGUAUAACAGGAUGGACUUUAACGUCACGGUGAAGUUUUUCGUGUUUUGAAAUUCUUUAUAUCAGAGGAUCUUCUCAUAGGUUUUUGUGUAGGCAGCUUUCAGAGAACAUGAAUACAGUGGUCUCUUCUUAAAUUGCACUAAUUUGUUAGCUAGACCAAUGGGGCUGCUUCUGAAGGCAGCAGUUCCUGCUCAUCCCCGCAGGUGCUGUGGAGGCUUUUGGGUUGACAUGUGAACUCAAGGUCGGAGCGUCUCUCUUUUGACCGUUCAUGAUUUCCCUCCAUGACUCGAACCAGAGUUUCCAUUCAGUCAGUGAGAAUCACACCCGUCUGCCACUUCUUGCAACCUCAACUGUCUUCCUUGAUAUUUUGUCUUCCCUUUGUGUUCACCCCGCCCCGAAUUUCCUCCAGAUCUUCUAUAUGUUGUAGCCUCUCCCAGGCACUUAUUGUGUAAAGGAUAAUAUUCAGUCAUUUCCAAUGUGUGGUUAGUGGCAUUUCAACAUUAAGCUAGUUAUUACCUCAGAUCUUUCUGCCACCUAUUUUCCACUGUUGAAAUUUUGUGCUGAGUCAUUACCGCAAUAGCCUUCACUGGAUAUAAAUGCCCACCAAAAAUCCUGAUGUUAACUCUAAGGUAUGUAAAUGUAAAAAAUGGCACUGAGCCCACGUGUCCAAAACAGAACGCGAUGGUCCACUAGAGACUGGCAUCAGCGUGGCAUUAAGCAUCAGAUUUUAUUCAAAACCACCACGAGAGUUUCUAGAGACUUUUAUAUCCUUCCAGUUGCUGUCGAGAUUAAGCAGACAAAACCAAACAUUUGGAAACUGUAAGUAAGAAAUUAAUGUUUUUCCUAAACAAGUGUGCACUUUGCAUGUUAGUAGCUAACAAAGCAAAUUAGCCAUCAACACAGUACCUUUAUAAAGGAUGCUCGGUACUUACUAGGCCACUAGGGACUGACAGGUUUUUUCAUUUAUGUAUUUUGCACUCCUCCUCCUGAAGGGUCCGUUUUUUAUAUUCCUUUCAUACAUUGAUAUUCCUUUCAUGUUCACCAACUAGUUGUUCUUUUAGCAAUACUGGAUAGAUAAUGCCUUAAUGAUACUAGAUUUACAGAGAAAACCACGAGCCCAAAGGCUUACUCUCUUGUUGUCUUUCUUUGAUAGUGUUUUUUAUCUGGGGUACAAGGAGGGGUACGUUAGUAAAGUCAAAGCACUCUUCCUAAACCCAUUUAUACUUUUGAUAGCUGACUGAUGAUUUCAAAAGUUGAAAUGUGUGAAUAACCGUAUAGUGGUAACUAAAGUGUCAAAUCAUUUUCUAUUGUAAUUUUUGUGUUCAGAUGCAAUGUUCUUUAGUGGUUUGUGCUUCAGAGAACAGAGAAACAAGGACUUAUUGAGAGUCUUAUAGUAAAGCCUGCACAGUGGUGUCAUAGGAGACAGCCGAGAUGUAAACUAUUAUUAAAGUGCUGUCGCAGCCGUGUGUGAUGCAUAGUGUAGCUGUUAUCGGACGGUGAAUGGCCGCUUUCAUUACUGUUAGCCUUCACUGCAGGGCUGUGACUGAAGCCAAUGUAGAGAUAAGCUUGUCUUUCCUUCCACUCCACUUCAUCAUAAAAAUGUUUUCCUCUGUUUGUUUGGCUCUGUUUUACUAACAAAGGCUACUCACAGAGUAAGGGAUUAUUCUAUCUUAUUUUCUCCUGUGUUCUUUUACAAUAUUGUCAUAGGCCUUUUAAAUAUUUCCUCACUUCUGUUUUGCAAUCUUGAACAUGAUCUCCCAUACAUGUGAUAUCUUGAGUGCUAGAUUAUUUUGUUAGCAGCUAAUGUAGACGUCAGAAAGGAACUUCAAGCAGCUCGCCCGUCUGUGAUAAAUACUGUAGCAAUGACAGAAGGAGAAUGUUGAUUAUGUUGAUGAAGACAUGAGCCAACACUUUGACAUGACUCCAAGUGGGAGGUCUGCAAUUUACCAAGUAUGUCCUUAUGACUCGCCUCUCAGCUGAGGCAAAGUCCAGACACACAACCAUGUCCAAGAGAUUGACUGAAGAGUGGUGCGAAGGAUUUCUGAAGCGGUUUCUUUCUCAUGUUGCACUGGGGCGCUUUGGGCCCAAUUGUAAAUUGUUUUUUAGUACCUUUUGAAUUUUGUUGGAAUACGAGUUGUAUACUUUAAUAUGUUUGUGUAAAAACACAUUCAUUCUUUUAAGCUUUGAAGUUUGGGUAAACAAGAUAAUCCAUGUUCUGAAUGUCGUACUGUGUAUCUUUUAUGUAUAACAACAUUUAAGCACCUGGCUCUGAAUGAGGUUUGAUGGAGAGCGAGUUACCUAUUGGGAUAUGAAUUGCAUGAAAUGCAGUGAUGUCUCUCAGAUGUGUUGCUAAAUACCAAGUAAUAACUAUGCAUAAUUUUAAAUGCAUUGUUCCCUGAAAAAAAAAGAAAUUAAAUGAAAUGAGCACUGAAUUUUAAAAAAGGACAAGCAUGUUGUCAUUGUACAGUGUAUUUGUUUGAGAGAAUUGAUCAAAACAAAUUUGACAAUAUUCAGAUUAAAAGCCCUGUAAAGUAUUUUGAUAUUUUUGUGUGUAAAAUUAAAAGGACGGAUUAAGACGA